AUGGAGGAUAUAGAUCCGCCUCCUAAACGACUGAGGAGAACAGGAAGCCCCGGUGACCUCUUUUCGAAUGCAGAAUCUGAGUCAGAAGUUUUUCCAUUAGAAAAUUAUAUACCUCCAUCAAAAACGGAGGCUGGAUCUAAUGAUGAUGAUGGAAUCAACAAUAAAAGCAGCGUAGAAGAUUAUCCGCCGAGCACCCAAACUGAUUUGGAAUCUUCUCUUCCCCCUAUCAAAACGGACUAUGAAGCGAUCGCGGACUAUGAGGCUUCAAAAGCCCAAGAAUUGACGACCGAAAACGGUGCCGCGAACCUGCACCACCGCUAUGAAGAACGAGGAUGGGUGAAAGGCAAAAGUUCCAUAUAUGUGGAUGCCUUUAACGUCGCAUUGGAAAGCGUUUUGGUAGACGAAACCCAUUUGUUUGACGAAACGGAAAUGGCAGUCUUCGAUCACUGGAGAAGAUUAAGCUAUGAAGCUCAAUAUUUAUAUGUGCGCCUUUUUCUACGCAAAACAUCUGCAUGGCAUCGUGUCAACCGCCUUGGUUACUAUCAAGAUAUUGCGGAUAUGCCUGCGGCCGUAAAGGAAUUGAGGCACAGUAGAAAGCUCCCAUCCUCAUCCACUCUGCUUCAACCCCCAUAUAUUCCUGCACUGAAAUCUCCUGAAAAUGUCGUUCUUGGUGAAAAUUUUCAGUUCGCUGAAGGAUUAGAAGAAAUAGAUACACUUGAAGAAGCAUCCUCCUUACUCCUAUUAGAUGAAUUGAAAUCCUUUUCAAAGGAAGCCAAAGUUCAGGGGAAAAAUAAGAAGGAGCUGUUGAAAGGAUUGCGCGAGUCCAGUACAACGCAGUCAGGACUUAGCUGGCUCCCACGAUGCAAGCCAGACGACGAAGUACCCAGCGACUCUUCUCUAAAUCGGAUGAGCAAUUCGUUAAGCCGAGGGAACACUCGAGAUUUGCAUUUCACAAAAAAGAUCUUGGAUCACACUGGUGACUGCAUCAGACUCUCUUCCGCGCCACGGAGACUCUUUGAGCGGGUUCAUUUGCUAUUUUACCGGUCUACGGAAUGGACAGAAAAGUCCUUAACAACCAUUAUAUUGGCGAAAAUUUCGCGGAGGAAUUACCCAAAUUAUAUCGUUUCCCGUUCCAAUUCCAUUUUCCCCUCGAGAUUUGCCUUACUGGAGUUUGAAGCUGCCUUGCGAGUGCAGUUUGAUAUUGACAACACUCUAGAGUCACCGGAUCUGCCAAUCAUGGAGAAGCUAGCUUUCAUUAAAUCUUUAUCCGAAAGUGUUUAUGAAAGAUGGAAAGCUCUGAUCGCUGAAGAGCAACACAAAGAACACGUGUACGAAACUGGAGAGGGUGCAUACCUCCGCCGAUUUUCCCCAGCAUGGGUAUACACCCGGAUAAUCCAUAAAGGCCUCUAUGCCUUGGGCCGUUUCAAAAAUUAUAAGCGGGAGCAUGAGUUACUCACAGAACUCCUUGACCAGCGUUUAUUCCAUGCUGCUCGCCGAGGGGCGUGGUACCAGCGCAAAGCUCUACUGGAAGAACAUUAUAUGUGGUCUUUAACCCCGUUUGAGAACCGUUCUGAGGAGAUACAAAAGAGGGUAUGGAAACGAACAGCUCUUCGUACGUGUGAAGAGGGCCUUGAGGAUCCUGAUUGCCAUUUGGUAUACCACUAUGAUUUACAGAAACGAAUCACAAAGUUGGAGAAGUCGCUAAAAGUCACAAAGCGGGAACAGCACGAUUUUGGACAUGUCAUGUUGGUUAAACCAGAAGAACGGAUCGUGGAAGGAAUUCGGAUUGAGAAAGAUAUUCCCAUUAAGUCUGGUUCGAAGGAAACCCCGAAUUCCGUGUCUCGAAGAGGUAGACCUACGGUUUGGGUAGAUGAACGAGAAGGCGGAGGCGAGUGUAGAGUCGAAAGCAUGUGCCUAAGCUGGUAUAGAGACAAGGGAUGGAAGGGCUUCCAUUGCGAGAGCGGCAUAGUCCGAACAUUGUUUGGAUAUCUCUUCUAUGACAUCCUCUACGCAUAUGUUCCCAACGUCUUCCAAACGCCCUUCCAAACUUGUCCCUUAGAUCUACACACAGAUUCGUUUUAUCCCACUCGUGCUUCAGAAAUCAAUCACAGGCUUGCCCAGAUCGCCAAUGGUGAUGCGGAGAAGCUUAUUCAUGAAGUACAUGACCGUGAAGCGGAGAGAGAAACAUGCGUCAUCGGCAUCGACUGGUCGUUCGAAUUAUCUGAUCUAGUUGAGAUUGUGCAGUGUUUCCGCGGUGAGGCCCUAGCUACUGAGUACCAGCAAAGGGGUGGAGGCAUCCCAGACUUGUUCCUCUGGAGCAUGGAGAGGAAGGAGGUUAUGUUUGUGGAGGUAAAGUCGGAGAAUGACCGGCUAAGUGAUACCCAACGAUUGUGGAUUCAUGUGCUUACUGGUGCCGGUGUGAGGGUUGAGUUGUGUAAUGCUGUUGCAAGGGAGGUUAGAGUAGAAACCUCUGUUGCUUAA